CAUACACACAAAUUCACCCGUACCUACAUACACACUGCUAACAGGCCUGACUGGACGAGGUCGAAGAAGAGCGGAGUGGAGAGGGUCCAGAGCAAGUAGUUUUUGCAACACUAUGCUAGGAGAGUGGAGAGGCGGGACUAAGCAGACACGUGUGUGACCCUUCUCUGUGAUUGGUGGACAGAGAUUGAUGAUUGACAGACAGACGGAUAAAGAGAACGAGACAGACAGCAGAGAGGAGAGACGGGGAGAGAGAGAUGGCUCACAGUGUCAACUUUGACCUGACUGCUGAACGCAUGGAGGCUGGUCUGGAGAGCCCAGCGGAUGAAGAGGGGGUCCAUGACUCCUUUAACCAGCUGAUAGAGGAUCAGAGACAGGAAGCCUUGGAGCUGCAGGAACUACAGAGAGACCUGGACGAGGAGGAACGAGACAGUGUAGCGUACCUGUCCAGCCCUGGUCAGGAGAUAUGGCGUGGGAGCGCGGGGAGGGGUGAGGAGGAAGGGGGGAGACAGUUAGACCCCCUUCUAGAGGAACGCUGGUCCUCCGCCACCCUCAAAGUCCUCUCCUCCAUGCCCAGCCGCACCAUCGGUCGUAGUCGAGGUGCUGUCAUCUCUCAGUACUAUAACAGGACCAUGAAGUUGAGAAGACGCAGACAGAGCAGGCCUUCCAUAAAGGACUUUUCCCGCUCCGCACGGCCCAGUAUCCGUGGUUACGGCAUGGAGACAGACUGCAUGGAGACCGAGGGCGUGGAUGAGGAGGGGCGUAAGCGUGACCAACUGGUCAACAACCUUCAGAACCUCUCUCUGAGUGACCGGGUCAGGAUGCUGCGAGGCAUGCCUCUCUCUGUGGCAGAGAAGAGUGACCUAAGGAGGUUGGCUGACAGGAAGGGUCAACGCUCCAAUCACAGUCAGAUCCCCUGUUGCAGCCAGCUCAAGUAUCACAUCAUCAUCGCUCUGAGACAUAGCUGGUACAGUUGUCUCUCCUUCCUCCACUCCCUACAGCUGUGGCAGGUAAGGCUGUCUCUCUCUGUCUCUCUCUCUGUCUCUCUCUCAACAGGCGGUACGACAAACAGCAACAGGCGUGACAAACAGCAACAGACGGCACGACGUCAUGAUAAACAGCAACAGGCGGUACGGCGACGCAACGGACAAACAGCAACAGGCGUCAUGACAAACAGCAACAGGCGGUAUGGCGUCAUGACAAACAGCAACAGACGGUAUGACGUCAUGACAAACAGCAACAGACGGUAUGACGCGUCAUGA